AUGGCCUAUAUACGUUCAAUUACUUCCCUGUUAUUCAAGCCUUCCAAAUCCACUCUCCCACAAAUCAAGAAAUCCCGUCUGACUGCCCUCCCCCCUCCCAUCCUUGAACACAUAUUCAGCUACUUAUCAACGGAUGAGUUCACUCGUCUCAGCAAUACCUGUAUAACUCUCAGAGAAAAAGCUUCUACCUUCCUCCCAACUCGCCGUCAACAAUUACUUGUCCAGGCGCGCAUCCUCCAAUCUACGAUUCCAGCCGCAAAUCUUCCUAAUGAGCUCCUUCAUGAAAUCUUCACUUAUCUCACUCCCAAAGACUUCUACACCGCUACGAAAGUCUGCGCUUCCUGGCGCUAUGCUGGGGUUUAUCCUCCGCUUAUAAAAAAAACACAUAUCCACCCUACUUCUGGACGGAAUCUCUCUACAAUCCAACUGGAGCAGCCUAAUUCUAAAAUCCCCCCUGAAAUCCAUCUUUCGGAGACUGGCCACUACUUUUUAUCCGCCGAAAGAGCCCCUCCCUACCAUGUCCAUAUCUACGGUACCUACCGACCAGUCCUAGCCAACGACUUCGAAGCCCCUCAGCUUAGAUCGCAGAUUAAAAAUCCUACUCCUAGGUUCAAAGGUGUGUCUGAACAUGCCCCAUGGGAACCCGGAAGUGGUGCCUUGGGGUUUCAUGAAUGGGACUCGACACCAACUUAUAUGGUGGCGUUGCGAAGGCCAUGUUAUGGAAAAGUUGUCUCCGCGUCCUUUUCACCUGCUUUAUUUGGCGGUGUGAGGGUGGUUUGGCAGAGCUCUUCAAAAUACGUUCAAUGCCAAGAGGCCAACAAUUGGUCGAGGAUUCGCCGUCACGUACAAAGAAAUUAUUCAAACGGAGGACUUUCAAACAAGUACUUAGAUGAAGAAACUAGUAGAAAGAUUAUCUUUGCGACAGAGGGGCAUUUAAUGGUUUAUGAGGGGAUUUCAGAGCACAAGCUAAAGAAAGUGUUAGAAGGGGAUUCAAAGUGGACUUACUGGGAUAAGCAGACCAUUGUGGAGAAGGCAUAUCAUUUAUCAGGGGGGUCACCAAUCGAAAGGAUAUUUCCGAGCAGAUCAAAGAAUGGGGGGUACCCCGAGGAUUCUUUUAUAUGCCACUUUGAACCCGAUCAAAUUGACGCACUCGACAUCAAACCUAUCGAACUUUUAAGUUCAUUAUCUACACUCCCGUACACAGACUUGACCGCUUGUGAAGACUACAGCAGCACAUCUCUCUACUUUGGUCUUGAUUGCUCUGAUUAUUCACUUACUUACCUCAAGCUCUACCACUCCGAAGAAGAACUCUAUAAGCCCUGUACGCUCAUGCCGAAGCGCCGUUAUCCCCAUCCACACGCCAUACCCGCGCAUACGACUUCCGUACGCAUCCCCUGGCACUCAACCCACCCCAUUAUCGCCACUGCAACAGCGGAGGGCCAAAUUUACAUUUCCUUCCCUCCCCUCUGCAACUCCAGCAAGCUUGCCUGUAGAUCUUCCGACUCUGGAUUCCGCAGGAUCAAACUAAAAUGUACCUGUCCACCCACGGCUUUCAAAAAGCUCGCUCGCAUCCCACCCGCCACAGGGGGGAGGAUAACAGACAUGAAGAUAUCGUACCGCUCACCAGUUUUGGAUUCACCAAGAAGAAACGUUGUAUAUUUGAAGGAUUUAGAGGCUAUGAAAGGCGAGAUAGGAAUUUUGGUACUGCUUAUAGGCACAGAUAGGGGUAGAUUGGAGGUUUGCUAUUUCGGUCCCGAGAGUAAAGAGGUGGAUACGAAGCGAUUGUGGGUUGCAAGAGGGUCAGAGAUAGAAAAUAAGAGUGAUCUUGGGGACUUUAAAUAG